AUGGGAGACGAGCGUCGAGAAGCCGCUCCGCGUCGCUGGGAUCCGCAGGGCGUGGCCAACUGGGCGUGGAGCAUGGCGAAGCUGCAGCUCCACCACGUGCCGCUCUUCGCGGCGGUGCGCGCCGCCUGGCGGCGCCGCGCGGACGAGUUCGAAGCGCAGAGCUUGGCGAACGUCGCGUGGGGCUGGGCGGCGCUGGAGCUGAGGAGUGGGUCAAGCUUAAUGGCCGAAGUUGCGGACCGCGCGCGGCAGCAGAUGAGCACCUUCCGUGCUCUGCCGCUGACGAACCUCCUCUGGGCUUCCGCCGUGCUGCGGUGCCGACCGGAGGGCUUUAUGACAGCAGCCUCCGAACGCACGCAGCAGCUGAUCCACGAGCACAACCCGCAGCAGAUUGCGAACAGUUUUUGGACCGUGGCCAAGCUAAGCCUCCAGAACCCGCCACUCCAUGAGUGCCUCCGCGCUGCCACGGCAGCGGCGCUGGCGCAGUUCGACGGGCAGAAGCUGGCGAACAGCGCUUGA